AACAGCCAUGGCCAUACAGAAAUCUCUCUCUCUUGCUUUUCUUCUUUUAUUAUUAGAAUUUCUUUCUUCCAAUGCCUUUACAACAGCACCAGCAUCCACACUCAGAGAAGCAGAGGCUCUCUUGGAAUGGAAAGCCAGCAUCUUGUCACCACAAGCUCUCCAUUCAUGGUCACUUCCAUCUGCUAAUGCUAGUGCCAACACAAUCUCUCCAUGUAAAUGGGAUGGGAUCUACUGCAACGGCCUUGGAAGCGUAAUAGAGAUAAGCUUACUGAGCGCAGGCUUACAAGGUAAGCUUGGUAACUUGAGCUUCUCAUCAUUUCCAAACCUCCUCCGUCUCAAUCUCAGUGACAACACACUCACUGGAACUAUCCCAGCUGAUAUUGGCACUCUUUACAGACUUGUCUCCCUCAAUAUCUCCAUGAAUAAUCUCUCUGGAGUUCUACCUCUUUCAAUGGCUAACCUUUCUCACCUUUCAGAGCUCGACAUCUCAUCUAAUGAAAUAACUGGGCCUAUUCCUCCAUCUUUAGGUAACUUGACCAGGCUGACAAUCCUCUACCUCUAUGAAAAUCAAAUUUCUGGUUCAAUUCCUGCACAAUUAGGGAAUUUGAUAAAUCUCAAUGAGCUGGACCUGGCCCCUAACCUUCUAAAUGGUUCCCUCCCUUUCACAUUAGGAAACCUGACAAAGCUUACAUACCUGAAUCUCUCUGCAAAUCAUAUUUCUGGCUCCAUUCCUCUGCAGAUGGGAAAUCUUAUGAAUCUGAAUAUGCUAGACUUGUCCAUAAACCAUCUGGAUGGUUCCAUUCCUUCAACGUUAGGGAACUUGACAAAGCUCACCAUCUUGUACCUUGAUCAAAAUGGAAUCUCUGGCUUCAUUCCUCCACAGAUUGGGAAUCUACAAGAUCUGGUUGAGUUGACAUUGUUCGAAAACAAUUUGACUGGUCCAAUCCCUCCUGCUUUAGGUAAUUUGAGAAACCUUACACUUUUGUAUCUCUACAGCAAUCAAAUUUCUGGUUCAAUUCCUGCACAAUUAGCAAAUCUUGAGAAUUUGGUUGAGUUGGACUUGUCAAAUAACACUCUGACAGGACCAAUCUCUCCUGCUUUAGGUAAGUUGACAAACCUUACGGUUUUGUACCUCUUCUACAAUCAAAUUUCUGGUUCAAUUCCUGCACAAUUAGGAAAUCUUAAGAAUUUGGUUGAGUUGUCGUUGUGGAAAAAUAGUCUGACAGGUCCAAUCCCUCCUGCUUUAGGUAAUUUGAGAAACCUUACAGUUUUGCACCUCUACAGCAAUCAAAUUUCUGGUUCAAUUCCUGCACAAUUAGGAAAUCUCAAGAAUUUGGUUGACUUGGAGUUGUCACAUAACAAUCUGACAGGUCCAAUCCCUCCUGCUUUAGGUAAUUUGAGAACCCUUACAUUUUUGUACCUCUACAGCAAUCAAAUUUCUGGUUCAAUUCCUCUGGAAAUUGGGAAUUUGGUAAAACUCAAUGUGCUUGACCUGUCCAGUAACCUUCUAACAGGUUCUAUCCCUUCCACUUUAGGAAACUUGACCAAGCUUGAACGCUUCACUGCAAUUGACAACCAUUUAACUGGUGAGAUCCCAAAAAGCUUUAGAAAUUGCACUAGGUUAACUAGAGUUCGACUGGAGGGAAACGAGCUCAUUGCAAAUGUAUCAGAAGUCUUUGGUGUAUACCCACAUCUCUAUUUCAUGGAUGUCAGCAACAAUAGGUUGUUUGGUGAACUCUCACCGAACUGGGGAGAAUGCAGAAACUUGAGGAAGCUACAAUUCUCUGGAAACAUGAUCACUGGUAGAAUUCCUUGCGAGAUUGGGCGGUUGACCCGGCUAGGAGUGCUUGGUCUUUCUUCAAACCAUCUGGUAGGAGAGAUUCCAAAGGAAUUGGGGAGGUUGACUUCAUUGUUCAACUUGAAUUUAAGUGAUAUCCAGCUUUCUUAUAGUGUUCCUCAAGAAAUUGGGAGACUGUCCAAUUUGGAGAUUCUGGACCUAUCAAUGAACAGCCUUGCUGGUCCAAUGCCACCUCAGUUGGGGAAUUGCUUCAAACUACGAUAUCUAAAAUUGAGUGAAAAUUAUUUGAAUGGAAGCAUUCCAUUUCAGAUAGGCAACCUGAUACACCUACAGGGUGCAUUAGACCUUAGCCAUAAUUCACUCAAUGGAGAGAUAUCAUCACAAAUUGGGAACUUGCAGAUGCUGGAAAUGUUAAACCUCUCCCACAACAUGUUGUCUGGCUCAAUUCCAAAAUCUUUUGAAGGGAUGCUCAGCUUACAAUCCGUAGAUUUUUCAUACAAUGAUUUGGAAGGCCCUAUUCCCAACAACAAAGCCUUUCAGAAGGCUCCUGCAGAGGCAUUCAUAAAAAACAAAGGCUUAUGUGGUGAAGUGCAAGGUUUGAGACCUUGCAAUGCUCCUUCAACAAGCCAUGGUGAUACAAGAAAAGCCCGCCAAGUUGUCAUCUUCAUUGUUCUUCCUCUCUUGGCAGCCUUGUUUCUUUUAUUUAUAGUCGUCGGCGUUUCUUCCAUUUAUUACCAAAGACGAAGAAAUGAAGAGAAAGAGGUUCUUGAAAGGAGCAGUAGAAAUCCAUUUUCGAUAUGGAAUUAUGAUGGGAUUGAUGCAUUUGAACAGAUCGUGGAAGCGACAGAGAGUUUCGACGACAAAUACUGCAUCGGAACUGGAGGGUACGGAAAAGUUUACAAAGCAAAUCUACCAUCAGGCCAAGUAAUAGCUGUGAAGAAACUUCACCCACUCGGAGGUGGGGAUCAAUCUGAUCAAAGAAGUUUUAGAAAUGAGAUUCGAGCAUUAACAAAAAUCCGCCAUCGCAACAUUGUGAAGCUUUAUGGUUUUUGUUCCCAUGCUCAAUUCUCAUUUCUAGUGUAUGAGUACAUGGAAAGGGGAAGCUUGGCUAGCAUCCUAAGCAAUGACAGAGGAGCUGCAGAGUUGGAGUGGACUCUAAGGGUGAAGAUUAUUAAAGGUGUGGCCCAUGCAUUAUCUUACAUGCACCAUGAUUGCACCCAGCCAAUUGUCCAUCGAGACCUAUCAAGCAACAACGUGCUGUUGAAUUCAGAAUUUGAGGCCUGUGUCGCUGAUUUCGGCACUGCAAGAUUGUUGAUACCUGAUUCAUCCAGUUGGACUACGCUCGCAGGCACUUACGGAUACAUCGCUCCAGAGCUUGCAUUUACAAUGAGCGUGACUGAAAAAUGCGACGUAUAUAGCUUUGGUGUUGUGGCACUUGAAGUGAUGAUGGGAAGGCAUCCUGGAGAGCUCAUCUCCUCUUUGUCAUCACCAAGUAGACAUGAUACACUGCUAAAGGAUAUGUUGGACCAACGUCUCUUGGAUCCAACGGCUGAGAUUGCACAGGAAGUCUUAUUUGUGGUGUCCAUGGCACUUUCAUGCAUUCGACUAGAUCCAAAGUCUCGGCCAACCAUGCACUACGUGGCUCAAGAGUUAUCUAUUAGUCGGCCUUCCUUCUCUCUAGGACCAUUCCACGCACUUACAUUACGUCAACUGAUGGAUCUCAAGAUAACUGGAGUGUGAAGGCCAUUAGGAGGAAGACAACCGGAACGGGAAGGGUGAGGUAUUUACGUCAUGUGCCUCGAAGGUUCAAGAGCAAUUUUAGAGAACAAAGUCUCUGCUUCUUCCAUCUUUGUCGAGAUUGAACUUCUUU